AUGGACUCACCCCUCGAAGCGCCUCUCCUCCCUCACGAGCGCCUUCAACCCCUCUCAUCACCGCACUCUACGCUCCUACGCGGAGCCCGCCGCUUGGCUCUUGACUCGGAUGACUCGAACGAAUCCAAGUCCUCAGGUUCGUUCCCCUUCCCCGACAUGAAGCAUUCUGACGGAUCCAAAUCUUCAAGCUACGACAGCAACGAGACCAAUCAGCAUGCCUCUGCUUCCCCACGAGCAGUUCACCUCGCCCUGGGCCUCCAUGUCGUCCAUGGGAUCCCCAUCAUCGACUUCGAUGGCGAGGAGGAUACGGAUGCGCAUCGUCCAACUCCCCUUCUCCUCGAGCGCGUGCAGCGCGCACAGCAUGCCCCUAUGCUGGAGCUCGAACUCCAGUAUGAACAAGGUUCGUGGUUCCCUUCAUCUCCCAUUCGCACCACCACUGGCACUACCAUCCUUCCGCCUGACAACCAGCGUCAUCGAGGAGAGUUUUGCGCCUCUCCCGAGCCGAUGACCCCCGUUGACGAUGAGGUACGUCGAUCACUCCAGCCGUUGUUCGACAUGUGCAUUUUCGGCAAUGGAUCGAGUGACCAGGGAUUCGGUGCCUGCGCUAACAAUGAGACCGAGACGGAUAUAAUCAGCAGUCUUGAGGAGGGGUACAUGCCACCUGCGCUUGAGACUCAGAUCCGUGACGAGGAAGCGGGCACAAUGAAGAGAAAUGAAAGUCUUGUUUCGUUCAAGGACCUCAAUAUUCCUGAACCGAAGGCUCCGGCUCCGGCUGCAAUCACCGCGCUGAAAAGACGGGUGAGUUACGCCUGUGAGACUGCCACCGGGGUGGUUAAGGGUUCCCAGCUGGCGGCUGCGACCACUUCUUUUGCAGGGAAUCUUUUCGAUUACCUGAUCAAGAAGGGCUUUUAG